AUGAUUCCUGAGAUCCGUAGAACAUGUUUGUAUCUUCCCACAGCUAGAGCAAGUUGGGAAAAUUUCUAUCAGACUUAUUCAAGAGCAAGAGAUGCUGCACAACUUUAUGGAUUAAAGUUAAAGAUGAUGACUGUGAGGUAAGGGGAAAAAUCAGUGACAGAAUACACUCAUGAAGCAAGAACAUUAUGGCAAGAAUUUGAUCAAUAAAAAAUUACUGAUAUGAGAGAUCCAUUUGAUACAGCAUUGUAUAGAGAGAAAAUAGAAAGAAAUAGAACCUACGAAUAUCUUGUGGGACUGAACUCUGAAUAUGUUCAAGUCAGAAUUCAGAUCUUAGGAAGAGAGAAAUUACCUCCUCUAAAUGAAGUAAUCUCCCUAGUGAGAGGAGAAGAAAGUCGUCGGAACCUAAUGCUUGGUUCUCAGAACGUGGAAAAUUCAGCAUUUAUGGCUAGAAAUGGAAAAAAUUAUGACAAUAACAGUACCAAAACAAAGGGUGAAUCUUCAAGACAAGAGAGGACUUCAAGGCAAGAGAGGACUUCUAGCAAUGAUUUUAGAGACAAGUUAUGGUGUACAUAUUGCAAGAAAGCAAGGCACACAAUUGACAGGUGUUAUAAAUUACACAGAAGGCCUCAAAGUCAUGAAUGGGCACAAAAGAAGGGAUAA